CGGGGAACCGGAGCAGCGGUGAAGGCUGGGCGCGGAGCCCCGCUGGGGAGGGCGGGAGGCGGGCAGGCAAGGGACGGCGGCGUGAGGACCAUGCUGCCCGCAGGGGGAGGAGGUGCUCACCGAGGCGACAUGGCUGCUGAGGGUCGGUCGGCGCUCACAGGACUGUGGGGAAGCCACACUGCUCACCCUUCGGGUGGGAGCGGCCAUGUCUUUCCGAGGCGGAGGCCGGGGAGGCUUUAACCGAGGUGGUGGAGGUGGCGGCUUCAAUCGCGGCGGCGGCAGCAACAACCACUUCCGAGGUGGAGGUGGCGGCAGUUUCCGAGGCGGCGGCGGCGGUUUCCGAGGCGGCGGCGGCAGAGGAGGAUUUGGACGAGGGGGUGGCCGCGGCGGCUUUAACAAAGGCCAGGACCAAGGACCUCCCGAACAAGUAGUUUUAUUAGGAGAGUUCCUGCAUCCCUGUGAAGAUGACAUAGUUUGUAAAUGUACCACAGAUGAAAAUAAGGUGCCUUAUUUUAAUGCUCCAGUUUAUUUAGAAAACAAAGAACAAAUUGGAAAAGUGGAUGAAAUAUUUGGACAACUUAGAGAUUUUUAUUUUUCAGUUAAAUUGUCAGAAAACAUGAAGGCAUCUUCCUUUAAAAAGCUACAGAAGUUUUAUAUAGACCCAUAUAAGCUGCUGCCACUGCAGAGGUUUUUACCUAGACCUCCAGGUGAAAAGGGACCUCCAAGAGGUGGUGGCAGGGGUGGUCGAGGAGGAGGAAGAGGCGGAGGUGGAGGUGGCAGAGGUGGUAGAGGCGGUGGUUUUAGAGGUGGAAGAGGAGGAGGUAGAGGUGGAGGCUUCAGAGGAGGAAGAGGAGGGGGUGGUGGUUUUAGAGGGAGAGGACAUUAAGUGUAACAGUUGACAGAGGAACUUCAAUUGAUUUCUGCGUUAACCUGCAUGGUCUACUUCUGUGGAUCAGAAAUUUGUUUCUUGAGCAAGUCUUGAAGAACCGGUUACUACAUGACAGUGGCACUCAGAUGUCAAUGUCACACAAACAGAGUGCAACAGAAUAGGCACUUAUGGAGCUUGGACAAGUGUUUUAUUGUUUUAUAUAAUGCUCGGAACUGUGAUCGCUUAAUAAAUGGACAAUUUUCACAUGAAACAUAUUUGAAUUUUUACAAUAAAAUGUUUUAUUUCUUUAAGUUA